AUGGACAAAACACCCGUUACUAAACAGCUGGCGGAUUUCUUCACGUCCCUUUCUAGCGACAAUGUGUCCUUCGGCGUGCGAGAGUCAGCACACAAUCUCUUAUUAGAUACUCUGAGCUGCCUUCGCGCGGGAGCCAGUGUCCAAGCAUCACGCAAGGUCAUCGCUGUCUCAAAUGUCUUCGGCGGACCUGGGAAGGCGUCAAUGGCGGGCUCAUUGGAUCCUCAAGGGGCCUCGCGGGCUCUCUACGCCAACGCUCGGCUUAGUAACCUUCUCGACUGGGACGAGACUUAUCCCGUCGGCGUGCAUUUCGGCAUUGGUGCGGUCUGCGCGGCGAUGACAGCAGCAGAGGCUGAGAACAGAUCUGGCGCAGAUCUAGUAGCCGGCAUCAUCGCGGGGUACGAGGCGGGUGGCCGUCUCGCCAGCGCCAUCGGCCCCAUGAUGUCGGUUGAAGAUGGCCAAGUCACAGGGUUCUCCGAGAUCUGGGGCGUCGCUGCGCCCGUCGUGGUCGCGUCUUGCGUUGCCUAUGCCCGGACCAUAGGGCUAGAUUCGGACUCUCUGCAAAUGGCACUAGGAAUAUCCUGCUCCAACAUACCUCUGCCCAUCGGCAGUCGCUGGUCGGAAGCCCUUCAUCUGCCGGACAACAAGUAUUGCGACUCUGGUUGGUGUGCGGUGACGGGGAUGCACGGCGUCAUCUCCGCGAGAGAAGGUCUCACGGGUUUUGAGGGCAUUCUUGACGGGGCGGUCGGCAUCCCGGAGAUGUACGCUGCCGCCAUGCCUCGGCGUGAAAGCAUGGCCGAGGGACUUGGGUCCGUUUGGCAUCUAGAUGCUAUAACUUACAAGCCAUGGCCCACGUGCCGGUUCAUGCACUCUCCCAUGACCGCCCUUGCCCGUCUUAUCGGGGAACACAAACCCGACCCGGAUGUCGUGGACGAAAUCGUCAUAUUCACUGGCCCUCUGGCAAACUCUUCGCGGUUUAGGAACCCCAGGCCGAAAACGUUCAGCAGCUACUGCUUCAGUUACCACCACGCUGUGGCUAUGAUGGUUAUGGGUAUUACACCGGGCGCGGAGUGGUUUGAUUCCCAGAUUGCCGAGUCUCAAACUGCACUGGAUUUACGGAAGAAAGUCCGCAUUGAGCUUUUUGAAGACUCGCGGUCCUUUGCGCAGGACAUGGCUCAGGGCCAGAUACGCCGGAUGCCAGGGGCAGCGAGUUUAGUGGUUCGGGGACAAACUUGGACGCGACGAAGCGAUUACGCAGAUGGUGACCCAUGGGACCAGGAAGUAGCUUAUGGCCGUGACAAGCUGGCCGACAAACUUGCGUCAACAGCCCGCAAGCAGGACUUGAGGAAGUUGCUGGACUGGCUGAAAGAGAUCGAAACCGCAAAGAGCCUCGAGCCGCUGUUCGCCUUUAUUAGGAAUAGCUAA